AUGACCUCAGAACCCAGCUCGGAUUUUUCUAAAGCUCUCCGUUACUUAGACUACUGGAAUAGAGAUCCAGAAGAGUGGAGUGUAAGCGACUGGGAUGUAUAUUUCAUCAACCAUACUCCUGGAGCUACAAAACUGCUAGCACAUCAGUCACUUGGAAUCGAACUGGAACUUCUCCUUGACCAACUUCCAGCAACAAGCUAUAGUUAUCAGAAGGCAUUUGACAUGCGGGCGGCUUUAAAGGACAUUAAGAAAGAUUCUGCGAAUAUUGAGUUGUGGAAGGAAUACUCCACAAAACUGGGAAAACUAGCUAUUGAAAAUCGGUGUGAGAUGUUAACGAUUGGAAUACGUGCAUCAACCAGAGCAGCAGCGACCGAAUUUCCCAGCGAAAAAACUUUGAAGCGAAAAUUUGUCGAGCCACAUACUCCGGAACACCAAAUAAGAACUGUGACUUUUGAUGAGAUCCCAUUACGCAGAAAUACAAUUAGCCCAAAAGACACAGAAUCAUCUUAUACUCCAUCUUUUGAUUCUCCGGUAUCAGAAGAUUUCAUCAAAGUGAAGGCUAGGAAGAAGUCAUAUUAUGUCAACUAUUUUGUAGGUCCCGGUGAAAUCGAAUGGAAUCUGGAAGAAGAUUCAAUAAGGUGGAUCGUUAAUCAAGUGGACAUUUCCGUAAUUUGUAUGGAAUACCGAGAUUCUGUUAUUCAGAAAUGCUAUUCAAUGGAGAUUUUAAACGCUGACGAAGAACUAGCUCUAAAUCACAUUUUCCUCCUUCAAGAAGAAAAUCAACAAGGGCUUCGAGAGCAUUUUGAUGACGAAUUGUGGCAAAAUAUCUUCUCUGAAAUUUACGCUCAAUAUCCCUAUGUAGCUGUUCCAGAAGGUGUCUUCAAUUUGUGCGGAAGCGUUUUGAAGAUCGGGUGCCAACAACAGGAAUUCCGACAACGUCGGACCGAGAUUAAAAAAUUUCUCAAAAAUUAUAAGACUGAUGGGGAAUUAGAAGAGAUAAUGCAUAAUAUUCUUUCUAGUUUCGCUGAUAGCUAUCAAAGCUUAUUUUCCAAAAAUAACAAAAUUGAGGAUACACACUCUCACAACUAUGUAGAUCCUAUAAUUAAGUCAUUUUUUCCCGAAGGUAAAAAAACAGUUACAGACUGGGCAAACAGGACGUCAGAAUCAUCUGCUCAAAUGAAGAAACGAUUCGAUCCUAUCCUUUCUGGAUCAAAACCUGAUCUUACCAUCAGAACUACUAAUCCAAAAAAAUAUGCCGAAUUGAUGUUUGCAGAAAUAAAACCGCCCAAUGCACGUGUAGACCUGAUAAACCAGGAUCUGGUAACUUUGGGAAAAACAAUGAGGGCAUCAAAAGAUAAGUUGUUAAAAGAGGGAGUUGAUCUCAUUGUCUCCGGGCUACAUGUCAUUGGAUAUAUUGGAAGAUGUUACGUCAUGGAUCUCCCUUACGAUGGGAUUUAUAGAAUGGCAUUAAUUGGAGAAUUCAUAUUUCCGGAAAGCCCAACAACAUGGGGAACACUCAUGAAUGUUUUUCAGGUGAUGGCCACAGUGCAGGAUCUCGUAAACAAGGAGGCAACUAAGUACCAAUCUUUUACCCGAAGUAGAACUACCCAGACGAUAUCAACAAACUCUCAAAAGCUGAAAAUUAAAGAUAUGAUGUUUUUUCAUUCUCCAAUGAAAGUACCUGUACCUAGCGAUUAA